GAAUCACCAAGCCAUCGGAGGAAUUGGCACCGGAAAGCGAGAAUAUUCUAAAAUAGAUAUCACGUAUUUAAGGUUCAUAGCUUUACUAUUUCAAUUUAACAGAUAAUUAAAGCUAAACUAUAGUAAUAUCUACCUAGCUAUCUUCCAUCUUUCUCGGCAAGCACAAGAUCAUACGGAAUUCCUCGGCUGACUGAACCGUAAGAGACAUACCCGACUGACUUACAUAAGAAACAAACUUUCUUUGGAAUUCUCUCGCAUUAGAUCGAGUUUUGUCCAUUUACUUCACUUACUUAUGCCACCAAGAAUCACAUAACUUAAGGUACCUAGACAAUGUCGACAGCUCGCGUCUUUACUUCUUCCCUGCGCGCCGUCGUCGGUAGACGAGCUGCUGCAUCUGCGCCGGCUCAGCGGCAGUCCGUACUACGCUCAGCUACGAGGAGAGGAAUAUUCUCCGGUGGUUCAUCCAGUGGUCCUCCUCCUCCCGGAAGCUUGGGCGCGGAAUUGUCGAGUGAUUUGCCUUGGUUCAUCGCCUCCGUCGUCGUCACCGCCCCAGCCUUAGCAUGGCUCAUGACCAGAGGGCCCAAAAAGGCCAUCGCACACACACCCGGCGGCGCUCCCGGCGGCGCUCCAGUCCUUGUCGAAGCAGUCGUCGUCGAAGAAAAAGAUCCCGCCGUAGAAUCUAACCAAGACUCCGACACUUCCUCCACUCCCGCCUCCACGCCGCCCGAAUCCGAAACCGGAUCCGACACCAACUCCGACAGCGACAGCAACGAAUCCCCCCCUCCCACAAACCAGCUCCCCGAAGAAGGAGGCAACCCCCAAGCCGCCCACACGAGCAGCCAGACCGGCGGCCAAGUCCCGCCCCCCAGCGCGGACAACAGCGACAUGGCGACCAACUACGGGGAGAAGAAGGAGGCGCAGGGGGGCUACAAGGAGAUGAUCCGGCACAAGGACACGCGCGCCGCCAGCAGCUCGUCCGACCUCCCGUCCAAGAAGGGCGCCGCCGAGCACCCCCGCGAAGACCCGCAGAAGGGCGAGGGGGAGGCCGUGCAGAAGGGUGGGCCGGCGGCUUAAGAUUCUUUCAUGUAUGUAUGUAAUAAGAUGAUGAUUCUGGGGUACCUAUAAGUCCUUACAUAGUGGAGGCUCAUAUGCAUGGGGGGGUCUAUAUUUUGUAAACUAUAGAGAACAGGGAGGGAGGGAUAGAGAACAGG